GCCUGGACAGCCAAAGGGUUUAAAUCAACUUUGACUUCGGUAUCAUCAAAGGGUUAAUGGCGGCCAGCGAUCGCGCUGAUGUGCGGCAUUAGCCAAAACACAUCUGCUUAUAGGGUAUGAAGCGCACUCAGCUUGUAAUCUCGCUUCAUACACCUUCAUGACGUCACGAGUGGGCGUGGCUGUGAUAUCACGACCUCCGGCUCCAAGUGUUCUGACGCUGGAGUAUCCCUUUAAAAUAAUAAAGAAAUGUGUCAAACAUUUUGAUUAGUCAGGGUCUCAUUGCUGGGACCCCCCACUGACCACAUUACAGCGAGCGGGAAGGAUCGAACAGUAAUGCCCUUCACUCUCCAGCUCGCAACAAUUUCCUUCCAGCUUCACUAGACGCCCCAUAGACUUAUAAUGUGACUCGCUCCAAGAGCAGCGCUGCUUUUGCUGGAGGUCGUAUACAAGUCUAAGGGGCUUCUGCCAAAUCCGUCUCAAGAGGCCGCUAGUCACAGAACGAGAUCCGAGCUAUUCUCUAUUCCCGACCCAGCAGUCAGUUGCAAACAGACGCGAGGUGGUGGUUGCCUAAGGGAUUUUCCCUACCAGACGAGGGAGUCGUGAGUAUGUGGGGUGACAUUUCCACUGGCUCCGCCCACAGCAGCGGGAGUCGGGCAGUGUUCAGUUAGCAGAGAAUUAUCCGGUGUCAGCUUAUGGAUCAGGGUAAAGAUCUGAACUAUAUUAAUGCCACAGACAUAAAGGAAGAAGAAGAGACCUAUGUGAGCGGUGAUGAUCAGUAUAAGGAGGACAUUCCUACUGGGAAAGAUCUGAUCUAUAUUAAUGCUACAGACAUGAAGGAGGAAGUAGAAGAGACAGAUGUGAGCGGUGAUGAGAAGUAUAAGGAGCACAUUCCUACAGAUGACUGUACCAGGAGAUCAGAGGAGAAUCUUAUAUCUUCAUAUUAUAAAGCAGAUGAUGAUAUCACACAAGAUACAUAUGAAGAACAUUCCAUUAUCCCAGAUACACCCUCAGCCCUUCACAGCCAAGAUCUCUCAUCUGUGAAUGUUAAGUCACAUCUUGUUGAGCAUCAGAGAAUUCACACAGGGAAGAAACUUUUUUCAUGCCAAGAAUGUGGGAAAUGUUUUAUUUUCAAAUCACAGCUUGAUGGACAUGUGAGAAUUCACACAGGGGAGAAGCCAUUUUCAUGCCAAGAAUGUGGGAAAUGGUUUUCUGUGAAAUCAUAUCUUGUUGCACAUCAGAAAAUUCACACAGGGGAGAAUUUAUUUUCGUGCCCAGAAUGUGGAAAAUGUUUUAUUCUCAAAUCAAAGCUUGAUAUCCAUGUGAGAACUCACACAGGGGAAAAGCCAUUUUCUUGCCCAGAAUGUGGGAAAUGUUUUACUCUCAAAUCACAUCUUGAUAGACAUUUGAGAACUCACACAGGGGAAAAGCCAUUUUCUUGCCAAGACUGUGGAAAAUGUUUUCAUACGAAAUCACAUCUUGUUCGACAUCAGAGAAUACACACAGGGGAGAAACCCUUUUCAUGCUCAGAAUGUGGAAAAUGUUUUAUUCUCAAAUCACAGCUUGAUAUCCAUGUGAGAAAUCACACAGGGGAAAAGCCAUUUUCAUGCCAAGAAUGUGGAAAAUGUUUUAUUUUCAAAUCGCAGUUUGAUAGACAUGUGAGAAUUCACACAGGGGAGAAGCCGUUUUCAUGCCAAGAAUGUGGGAAAUGUUUUGCUAUUAAAUCAAUUCUUGUUGACCAUCAGCGGAUUCACACAGGGGAGAAGCCAUUUUCCUGCUCAGAAUGUGGGAAAUGUUUUACUAUGAAAUCAUAUCUUGUUGCACAUCAGAGAACUCACACAGGGGAGAAGCCAUUUUCAUGCCAAGAAUGUGCGAAAUGUUUUACUAUGAAAUCAGAUCUUGUUGCACAUCAGAGAACUCACACAGGGGAGAAGCCAUUUUCAUGCCAAGAAUGUGGGAAAUGGUUUUCUGGGAAAUCAUAUCUUGUUGCACAUCAGAAAAUUCACACAGGGGAGAAUUUAUUUUCAUGCCCAGAAUGUGGAAAAUGUUUUAUUCUCAAAUCAAAGCUUGAUAUCCAUGUGAGAACUCACACAGGGGAGAAGCCGUUUUCUUGCCCUGAAUGUGGGAAAUGUUUUACUCUCAAAUCACAUCUUGAUAGACAUUUGAGAACUCACACAGGGGAAAAGCCAUUUUCUUGCCAAGAAUGUGGAAAAUGUUUUACUUUCAAAUCACAGCUUGAUAUACAUGUGAAAACUCACACUGGGGAGAAGCCGUUUUCAUGCCAAGAAUGUGGGAAAUGUUUUUUUAUGAAAUCAAUAUUUGUUGACCAUCAGCGGAUUCACACAGGGGAGAAGCCAUUUUCCUGCUCAGAAUGUGGGAAAUGUUUUACUACGAAAUCACAUCUUGUUCGACAUCAGAGAACUCACACAGGGGAGAAGCCAUUUUCAUGCCAAGAAUGUGGGAAAUGUUUUACUAUGAAAUCAUAUCUUGUUGCACAUCAGAUAAUUCACAUAGGGGAGAAGCCCUUUUCAUGCACAGAAUGUGGAAAAUGUUUUAUUCUCAAAUCACAGCUUGAUAUCCAUGUGAGAACUCACACAGGGGAAAAGCCAUUUUCUUGCCCAGAAUGUGGGAAAUGUUUUACUAUGAAAAAAUAUCUUGUUGGCCAUCAGAUAAUUCACACAGGGAAGAAGCCAUUUUCAUGCUUAGAAUGUGGAAAAUGUUUUGUGGCGAAAUCACAUCUCGUUGCACAUCGGAGAAUACACACAGGGGAGAAGCCCUUUUCAUGCUCAGAAUGUGGAAAAUGUUUUAUUCUCAAAUCACAGCUUGAUAUCCAUGUGAGAAAUCACACAGGGGAAAAGCCAUUUUCAUGCCAAGAAUGUGGAAAAUGUUUUAUUUUCAAAUCACAGCUUGAUAGACAUGUGAGAAUUCACAUAGGGGAUAUGCCAUUUUCAUGCCAAGAAUGUGGAAAAUGUUUUAUUUUCAAAUCACAGCUUGAUAGACAUGUGAGAACUCACACAGGGGAGAAGCCGUUUUCAUGCCAAGAAUGUGGGAAAUGUUUUGCUAUUAAAUCAAUUCUUGUUGACCAUCAGCGGAUUCACACAGGGGAGAAGCCAUUUUCCUGCUCAGAAUGUGGGAAAUGUUUUACUAUGAAAUCUUAUCUUGUUCGACAUCAGAGAACUCACACAGGGGAGAAGCCAUUUUCAUGCUUAAAAUGUGGAAAAUGUUUUGUGGAGAAAGCACGGCUUGUUAACCAUCAAAUAACUCACACAGGGGAGAAGCCAUUUUCAUGUUGAUAAUGUGGGAAAUGUUUUACUCAGAAAUCACAUCUUGUUGAACAUCAGAGAAUUCACACACAAAAGAAGCAAAUUUCAUGAACAGAAUGUGGGAAAAGUUUGUGUU